AUGCAGGCCGACGCGGCGGCGGCGCACCCCCCAGCCUUGCAGUCGCUUAACCUCGCCUCAUACAUUGCGUCGCUAGCCCCGGAGGCGCGGUCCCAGCUGUAUAGCAGCCCCUGGACCUGCCAGGCUGUCUUCAGGGCCCUGGAGCCGCUGGGGCAGCAGUAUGUGCUGAGGCUACUGUACGCGCCAGAGCCCCUGCCAGACGGCUUUGUGCGAAACUGGGCCAAGAGCGACACCACCUCUGCCAAGAAGCAUGAGGUGGCGCUGAGGCUGCUGCAGGAGCUGUCGCUGCUGGCGGCGGAGGCCCGGGGUGGCACCACCACCUGGGCUCUCCACGAGGUGUUCAAGGAGCACCUGCGCUCGGCCCUGGCGGGAAGCACCCAUGGCGGCGGGAUGGUUGAUGCAGUGGUGCUGUCAGUGAUGCCGGGCCAGGAGGCCAUCGCCGAGUACGCGGUCAAGCAGUGGGAGGGCGUCCUCACGUUCCUGCUGGACCCAACACGCCAGGCGCCUCCCUCCAUGCCGGUCGGCCUGCGCCACGAGCCGCUGGACGUGGAGCGCCUGGUGGCGGCCGCGGGGCUGAUCAAGGAGCCGGACCGCGCCCUCACGGGGGCGGGCUUCAGGUUCCUGCUGAUGGACACCAACGGCCAGGCCUGGACACUGCUGCGGGACUACAUCCGGUCGGCGGAGCAGGCGUCAGCGGCCCAGCUGUCGUCGGUGCUGAGCUUCCUCAUGCAGCUGGGAUUCAGACAGGUGGGGCGGCCCUACGCCCUGGCUGGCCUGAGCCCUCUGGAGCAGCGCAUUGCCGCCCACAUGGCCCAGCUGGGGCUACUCUACACCUUUAAGGCGGAGGGCGGCACCUACUUCUGCCCCACUGCCCUGGCAUCAACGCUGUGCGGCGGCGGCGCUGCUGCGGCCGCGGCCCUGAGCCCUAGCGGGUUGUCUGCCGGCGUUGGUGGCGGGGGGUACGUCAUCGUGGAGACCAACUUCAGGAUCUAUGCGUACACAAGCUCCCGCAUCCAGGUGCGAGUGCUGGAGGAGUUUUGCCGGCUGGACUGCGCCCUCCCAAACCUUUUUGUUGGCACCCUGACGCGGGACAGCGUACAGCACGCCCUGGGCAAGGGGAUGACGGCAGAUGACAUCAUCGGAUUCCUGCAGAGCCACGCACACCCCCAGGUGGCAGCGCGGGUGCCCAGUGUCCCUGAGACCGUUCAGGACCAGAUCCGGCUGUGGGAGCGCGAGACGCAGCGCGUAGACAUGUCCCCGGCCUUCUGGUACUCAAACUUUGAGGACGUCACGCUGUACGAGAGGAGCCGCGCCUUUGCGCAGCAGCGGGGGGUGCUCCUGUGGGACAGCGCAGAGCGGCAGCAAAUGGUGGUCACCCAGCAGGGCCACACCCUGGUCAAGGAGCACAUCAAGCUGCUCAAAGCCCAGGCGGCCAUGGGCACGGCGCUGUGA